AUGCCAAGCAAUGCUCGACAAGAAAUUACAGACAUCAGGCUGAAUUCGACACUCUCCGGCCAACUAGAGCAGAUCUGGAACCAUAGAGUCUGGGACCUAUUUGACACAUCGAAGGGGCUCUGGCCUAGGAUGGAAAGUCAGAGUUGCUAUGGUGGCAUUGGAGAAACACUUGAUGAUGCUCCUAUCAGCGAUGAUCGAUCAAACAGGGACGCAUGCGAUGUGUUGCAGGAUGGAGAAGGGAUACACGGUGAUAGACAAGAUGAAGAGGAGGAUGACGGGGAUGAUGAUGAUGACGACGUGGAGGACUGGGAGCUCGAAGACGACGAGGAUGACUACGAUGAUGAUGAUCCUGGAUAUGACAGCGACCUUAUCGGAACCAACAAAGAGCCCAACUCAGAACCGCUUAUCAGAGUGGAGGGCAAGUCUGCCAAGCCAGCAUUCGACGAGUUCCAUGAGCUUCUAUUCCAACUAUGUCUCACGCUAUGCACCGAGACAUUCAUCGAUGGACAGCCGGGCUCUACGUUGUUGGUAUACUUCAGUGGGGUUCUUGGAUUCUCUGGAGACUGUCGCAAGUUCCUACUCGCCCGGCAGUACUGCCCCCAACUGUCAGCAAUCAUCCAUAUCCAGCGCAUAUUGCUUCUGGAGCGUGCGUUACCGCUACGUCCAUAUCCCAUUGUCGGCAUUCCGCAGCGGCCGCGGACGGAGCAGCUCGAGACCUCGAUGGAUCGAGGUCAUGACUGCCUAGGCACCAUUGGGGCAGUUGUUGGACUCGAACGUCAGUUGGGGUUAGGGGUUGGGGUUAGCUAG